AUGACCAAGAAAAGAAGGAAUAAUGGUAGUGCCAAAAAAGGCCAAGGCCAUGUGCAGCCUAUUCAUUGCACCAACUGUGCCCAGUGCAUGCCCAAGGACAAGGUCAUUAAGAAGUUUGUCUCUCAAAAGAUAGUAGAGGCCGCAACCAGUAGGGACAUCUCCGAAGCAAGUGUCUUUGGUGCCUAUGUACUUCCCAAGCUGUAUGUGAAGCUACAUUACUGUGUGAGCUGUGCCAUUCACAGCAAGGUAGUCAGGAAGAAUUCUCGUGAAGCCUGGAAGGACUGA